AUGCGCGGGGCUGCGCGGCCGGGGCCGCCGGGCCGGGGCCGCCUCCCGGGGAGCCGCGGCCUGAGGGCCCCGCCGCCGCGGCUGCUGCUGCUCCUGCUGGCGCUGCCGGCGCUGCUGCCCGCGCCCCGCGCCGCCGCCGCCGCCGCCGCCCCGGCCCCGCGGCCCCCCGCGCUGCAGUCGGCGGCCGCGGGGCCCAGCGUGAGCCUCUACCUGAGCGAGGACGAGGUGCGCCGGCUGCUCGGUCUUGAUGCAGAACUUUAUUAUGUGAGAAAUGACCUUAUUAGUCACUAUGCUCUAUCUUUUAACCUGCUAGUACCCAGUGAGACAAAUUUCCUGCACUUCACUUGGCACGCAAAAUCCAAGGUUGAAUAUAAGCUGGGAUUCCAAGUAGACAAUUUUGUGGCUAUGGACAUGCCCCAGGUCAAUAUUUCUGCUCAAGGGGAAGUUCCACGCACUUUAUCAGUGUUUCGGGUCGAGCUUUCCUGUACUGGCAAAGUAGAUUCUGAGGUCAUGAUACUUAUGCAGCUCAAUUUGACAGUAAAUUCUUCAAAAAAUUUUACAGUCUUAAAUUUUAAAAGGAGGAAAAUGUGCUACAAAAAACUUGAAGAAGUAAAAACUUCACCCUUGGACAAAAACACUAGCAGAACUAUUUAUGAUCCUGUACAUGCAGCUCCAACCACUUCUACACGUGUGUUUUAUAUCAGUGUAGGGGUUUGCUGUGCAGUAAUAUUUCUUGUAGCAAUAAUAUUAGCUGUUUUGCACCUUCAUAGUAUGAAAAGGAUUGAACUGGAUGACAGCAUCAGUGCCAGCAGCAGUUCUCAAGGACUGUCCCAGCCCUCAACUCAGACGACCCAGUACCUGAGAGCUGACACCCCAAACAACGCAACUCCUAUCACCAGCUCCUCAGGUUAUCCUACCUUGCGGAUAGAGAAGAAUGACCUUAGAAGUGUCACCCUUUUGGAGGCCAAAGCCAAGGUGAAGGACAUAGCAAUAUCCAGGGAGAGGAUAACUCUAAAAGAUGUACUUCAAGAAGGUACCUUUGGGCGUAUUUUUCAUGGGGUUUUAGUGGAUGAAAAAGACCCAAAUAAAGAAAAACAGGCGUUUGUAAAAACAGUUAAAGAUCAGGCUUCUGAAAUCCAGGUGACGAUGAUGCUCACGGAAAGUUGUAAGCUUCGAGGUCUCCAUCACAGGAAUCUUCUCCCUAUUACCCAUGUGUGUAUAGAAGAAGGAGAAAAGCCCAUGGUGUUACUGCCUUACAUGAAUUGGGGGAACCUCAAAUUAUUUUUACGGCAGUGCAAAUUAGUAGAGGCCAAUAAUCCUCAGGCAAUUUCUCAGCAAGACCUGGUCCACAUGGCCAUUCAGAUUGCCUGUGGCAUGAGCUACCUGGCGAGGAGGGAAGUCAUCCACAAAGACCUGGCUGCCAGGAACUGUGUCAUUGAUGACACACUUCAAGUGAAGAUUACAGAUAAUGCCCUGUCCAGAGACUUGUUUCCCAUGGACUAUCAUUGUCUGGGAGACAACGAAAACAGACCCGUUCGGUGGAUGGCUCUUGAAAGUCUAGUUAAUAAUGAGUUCUCCAGCGCUAGUGAUGUGUGGGCCUUCGGGGUGACGCUCUGGGAGCUCAUGACUCUGGGCCAGACGCCCUAUGUGGACAUCGACCCCUUCGAGAUGGCGGCCUAUCUGAAAGACGGCUACCGAAUAGCCCAGCCCAUCAACUGUCCUGACGAACUGUUUGCUGUGAUGGCUUGUUGCUGGGCCUUGGAUCCAGAGGAGAGGCCCAAGUUCCAGCAGCUGGUGCAGUGUCUCACCGAGUUCCAUGCAGCCCUGGGCGCCUACGUCUGACUCCUCGUGGUGCCACCACUCCCAAAGGAAGGUUCCUGGGGACCCCACUCGGCUGGGCACAGGCGCUGUUCAUCCUGAGGAACCCGUGGCAGUACAUCUGUCUUCCAGAACACCGUGCCUUAGAAUGAAUGCUUUAGAACCUGAACUCUGAGAAAUGGACUUCAUAAUGUGGAAUAUUUUCUAGAUAACAAUUUUAUUAGAUUGAACUGAAAAGGGUUUUGUAAAUUUUUUGGCCAAAAAAAUUUUAAAACAUAGUUACUUUGGAUUAGGGGUACAUUCUUAAAAAAUAAACAAGCGUUUUGUUUUUUGGGUUUUUUUUUAAUUGUUUAAACAGAUAUUUUGAAUAGCUAUCUUAGUGCCAACUGCUUUUUACUUUUGGACUUCAUCAAGAUAAUGUAGGUGAUUCACCUUUAAAGUUUUCGUAAAUAUUUAACACUAGUCUUGGGAAUGGUUUGUCUUCAAGAUGCAGUACUUUUCUUGGAGGACGAAAACAAAGAAAAGUUAGAGAACAAAAGAAUUUUAAUGAUUUCUUAGAGAUAGAAACUUCCCUUUCGCAGAAAAUGUUUCUUAAAAAAAAAAAAAAGAAAGAAAGAGAAAAAGAGUCCUGCUUUCUUAUUUUAGGGAAAGUAGAAAUUUUCUAAAUUUGGUAAAUUUGCUUUCCCAUGAGACAGAAGUAGGUCUGGGAUGUCAGCAGUAAGCAAUGAGAUUUUAUUUAUUUUUACUCUCUGGAAAAAAGAGAUAACAAUUCCAGAACGUCAGAUCAUAUUUCUAAGGUUAGGAAUCACUUUUAUUGCACCCGGAAUAGUGCUAUGCACAGAGUGGGUGCUUUUGUUAUUGUGGGUAAGGAAAUGUAAACUGAUGAAUUUUGUGCUUAUCUUCAAUGCUGGCUUAAGUAUAAAAAUUGUUUUUUAAGACACUUGAAAAAUUAAAGGAUUUGUUUUAUAUUA